AUGAGUGAGAUGAAGGAGACAGGUGAAGACAAUGCAAUGUCUUCUUUCACUUCUCAAGAGGAACCUGGUACUUCCAUUACCACCCCUGAAGCAGAAGAAAGAGUUGGAGAUGCAGUGCAAGGCACUCCCCAAGAACAAAUCAAGGCUUGUUGUCUAAGGAUUCAAUCAAGAGGAAAGAUUGACAAUACAUUGUCUUUGAAGAAACAGGGAAGGAACCUGCUCAUUGAUCAGAUUUAUGUGGAUGACAUCAUAUUUGGAGCUACAGCUAACUCAUUAUGUGAAAAAUUUGCUAACCUCAUGGGAAGUAAGUUUGAAAUGAGUACGAUGGGGGAACUGAAUGUCUUCCUGGGUCUUCAAGAGAAGCAGUCCAUAAAGGGAACGUGUAUCAGUCAGAAAUGCAUCAAAGAACUCUUGAAAAAAGUUUGCCAUGGAAGCAUGGGAAUCAUUGGAUCUCUACUCUACCUUACUGCCAGUAGGCCAGACAUUGUAUUCAGUGUGGGAUUACGUGCAAGGUUCCAAUCAAAUCCUGAGGAAUCUCAUCUGGAGGCUGCUAAGAAAAUCCUGAGAUAUUUGGGCAUACAGAACCUGGUUCUGUACUAUACUUCAGGGGACAAUUUCAACCUUAUUAGUUAUGCUAACGCUAAUUAUGCAGGUUAUCUAGAAGACAGGAAAAGCACAUCUGAAAUGGCUCAUUCCCUUAGAUCAUGCUUUAUAACUCAGUAG